AGAAAACCUAAUCCGUUAAAAUGGGUCGCGUCAGAACCAAGACAGUCAAGAAGGCUUCAAAGGUCAUCAUCGAGAAAUAUUACACUCGAUUGACAUUGGACUUCCAUACAAAUAAACGUAUUGUUGAGGAAGUUUCAAUUAUCCCAACUAAAAGUUUACGAAACAAGAUUGCGGGCUUUGUUACACAUCUGAUGAAACGUCUUCGUCACUCACAAGUUCGUGGAAUUUCAAUUAAAUUGCAAGAAGAAGAACGUGAACGUAGAGAUAACUACGUUCCUGACGUAUCAGCUUUGGAACAAGACAUUAUUGAGAUUGAUCCAGAGACCAAGGAAAUGUUGAAGAUGCUCGAAUUCCACAACAUUACUGGAUUACAAUUGACUCAGCCACAACAGUCAUUCAAUCGUCGUAAUUAA